GGGGAGGGGAGGAUAGACACCUCUGGUGAGGGUAUAUAAGCGGUGAGGUGUAACCUACACUCAUUCCAGUGGAACAUCCCUUCAGUUCAUUUCAUUUUAUCAGAGUUUAUAUUAUUUAUACAUCAUGCUAUUCCUAGUCUUGCUGGUCGUGACCUCGGUGCUAAGUAAACCACAGAAUGACGAGCAGCCAGACGUGCAAGAUGAACCACAAGAGAAUGUAGACGCACUCUUAUUAGCUAAUGGCCCACAAGAUGACUUGGCAGCAUUAAUACUUCCUCGCCCACCAGUCGAUUCUGAAAACUUCCAUGAACCAUGCAACUACUACUGCCGUAAACCUGCGGGUCCUCACAGAGGAGAUUUCUAUUGUUGUGGACCAGAAUCCCUACCAAUAAUAAGGGAACAAAGGCACCCUGGUAGAUGUCCUCCUGCCUUGACAACGUGCACUUCUCGCAGAGCAUUUGCCGCUCCCCCAGUAUGUCCUCGCGACGGUCACUGUCCUCGCGCCCAGAAAUGCUGCUUCGAUACCUGCUUGGACUACCAUACCUGUAAACCCGCACACUAACUACUGACUUUAUAAAAUAAAUUCUGCCUCCUACAUAUACUUUGCAUCUUCCCUGAA